AUGUCCUCUGCUUUAGAGACCAGCUACUCUGACCUUGACAACAGCAGUGACGUCUCCUUUUGUAUCACUGAUGAUGAAGGGAGCCUCAGUGGCCUACAAAUCCCUUCCCUGGCCUUCCCCAAACAUGUCACCUCCCCAGAGCAUGGCUCCCCAAGGUGCGAGGAAGAAAAAGAACGGAAGAGGCGUAGGGGCCGCACCAAGGUCAAGAACGAAGCUGUCCUUCACACCAUCAAAAAGACCAGGCGGGUCAAAGCAAACGACAGGGAGCGGAACCGUAUGCACAAUCUCAACGCAGCCUUGGAUGAGCUCCGGAGCGUCCUGCCCACCUUUCCUGAUGACACCAAGUUGACUAAGAUUGAGACCCUGCGCUUUGCCUACAACUACAUCUGGGCCCUUUCGGAAACCCUGAGGCUCGCUGAUCAGUGCCUUCAGAAAGCUCCCAAAGAGAUGGUGCUGCCCAGUUUCUUGGGCUCCACUGAUCCACCCAGCCCGGGCAGUGAUGCUGGAUCCUGGAUUUCCACAGCAUCUCCAGCCACCUCCUCCAUCUCUGCCUGCACAUCGAGCCCCAGCAGCCCAGCCACCUCUGAAGACUAUUGUUAUGGGCCCGGUGACAGUCUCUUCUCCUUCCACAGCCUCCCCAAAGAUCUUCUGCAGAAUACGUCUUGUUUUGUGCAGUACCAUUAG